CACUAAAUAAAAAACAUUUUCUUCACUCUCUUCACUCUCUUCACUCUCUUCACUCUCUUCACUCUCUUCAUUCUCUUUAACGUUUAAACUAAGCACCAAAUGGAUGACAGUGACUUUGCAAAGUUCUUUCCAACAUCUUUUGGAAAAAGCACAGCCAAGCCGAAAGCUAAAGUGGAGUCCAGGAAGGAUCCUGGCCAGGACAAUGAUAACAUGAGUGCACUGCGAGCAAUGGUACCUACAUCAUUUGGGAAACAAAAACCAUUCAAGGACAUCACACCUCAGACAAUACAGUCUACGAAACACUCUGCAGAUCUGGACAAUGUAGUCAAGGAUAACAAUGCAACAUCAACGUCAAAAGCAAGCUCCUCAAAGGCCAGCACGAGUCAGGAGAAUAAAGGAACCAAAGUGUCAACUUCAAACGAGGUCAAAGACGAUAAUAGUGACGAUGAUAGCAACGAUGAUAGUAACGAUGAUGAUGACGAAGCAGGAGAGCCAAGCCUUCCUAGCUCUUCCACUCUUCCUAUCUCACAUGAAAUUAUCUUGAACGAGCAUAGCAAGACAGUGUCAGCUAUUGCGUUAGACCCUGCAGGUGUAAGACUAGUGACUGGAAGCUAUGAUUUCAACAUCUGCUUUUGGGAUUUCGCUGGAAUGGAUACUCGGUUCAAGCCUUUCAGGACCAUGGAACCAUGCGGAGCUCAUCAAAUCCAUGAUCUCAAGUAUUCUCCAACUGGCGACAAAAUUUUGAUCAUUUCAGGAGAAGCCAAAGCAAGGUUAUAUGAUCGUAAUGGCAUAGAGAUUGCAGAAUACCAAAAGGGCGAUCCUUAUAUAAGGGACCUUCGUUUGACAUCAGGACAUGUUGCAUCUUUGACUAGUGGCGCAUGGCAUCCAUUUAUCAGAGAUAGAUUCAUCACAUCUUCAACUGACGGCUCUAUUCGACUCUGGGAUGUGGAAAAUAUUCGCAAACAGGCAGAUGUUAUUGCGUACAAGACUAAAGAACGAGGCGGAAGGACACCUGUCACUGCAGUGAACUACAGCUCAGAUGGCAAGAUAAUUGCUGGGGCUGCGGGAGACGGCACCAUUUCACUCUAUCCCAGCAAAGGGCCAUUUCUCCGAUCCACUCAUACAAUUGAAAACGCCCACGUCAAGGGUACAGAGACCUCAUGUAUUACAUUCUCCAGAGACAGCCAGCGGAUGGUCAGUCGUGGAGGCGACGACACAGUAAAAUUAUGGGAUGUUCGGAAUCUCAAACACCCUUUGUCAAUCGCAGAGGAUAUGGCAACAUUGAACUCAGAGGUCAAUGUUAUCUUUUCACCAGAUGAACGUCUUAUUCUUACAGGCACGAGCGUCAAAAAGAAUGAAGGUUAUGGCAAAAUCGUCAUGAUGAAUAGCGAAAAUCUCGAGAUUGUCAGGACUGUCAGUGUAUCCAAGAGUAGUGUUGUUAGAGUCUUAUGGCAUGAUAAAUUGAAUCAGAUUAUUGCUGGCAACGCAGAUGGAACAGCUCGGGUGUAUUAUGAUCCAGAAGUAUCAACAAAAGGCGCACUGCUCUGCGCAACUAAGGCACCCAAGAAACGAGCUGUAGAUGAUUAUGAGAUAGAUCGACCUAUCAUCACACCCCAUGCGCUGCCCAUGUUCAGAGAAGAAAAGACACGGACCAACAAGAGAAAGCAAGAAAAAAUGCGCAGUGAUCCUGUGGCUUCCCAUCGUCCAGAAAUGCCUUUGACCGGGCCUGGUCGUGGUGGUAAGGUCGGCUCCAGUACAAUUCAGCAUGUUUUGACAAAUGUUGUCAAAGAUAUGACGCGUGAAGAAGAUCCAAGAGCAGCGUUACUUAAAUAUGCAGAUGUGGUUGAGAAAGAUCCACAAUGGAUCACCCCAGCAUAUAAGAAGAACCAGCCAAAACCUGUGUAUCAAGAUGAUGAUGAAGAUGAGCGAGCAUCAAAACGGAAAAAGUAA